CGCCGCGGGCCCGGGCGGGUGGCUCCGUUCUAACCCUUUUUCCCGUACAGAUCCCUCGUCUAAAAGUUGGUUUUAAUUGGUUGCCCACAGGAUUGGCUUGGCUUCUGCUACUUGUUAAGAAAAAAACAUCUGUCUUUGCAGAUGGCUGCGUGCGUGUCCCGGGUGGAGCUGUCCGUGGCCUGCCGGAGCCUUCUCGACGGGGACCUGAGCUCCAGGUCGGACCCCCUCUGCGUCCUGCUGCAGGACGCGGGCGAUGGCCGGUAGGCUGAGCUAGAACACACAGAAAAGGUCAAGAACUGCCAAGACCCUGAAUUCUGCAACAAACUGGUUGUGGACUACUACUUUGAGAAAGUGCAGAAGCUGAAAUUCGGCGUGUAUGAUAUUGAUAACAAAUCCUUUGAUUUAAAUGAUGACGAUUACCUGGGAAGAAUUGAGUGCGUACUGGGACAGGUUGUGUCCAGCUCUUUGUUCACCUGACUGCUGGAAUUGAAGCAGGAAAAGCCAGCAGGAAAGGGCACUAUUACGAUUUCAGCAGAGGAGAUUAAGGAUACCAGGGUUGUGUACCUGGAAAUUAAAGCCCAAAACUUGGACAAAAAGGAUUUCUUAGGUAAAUUGGAUCCAUUUCUGGAGUUUGACAAGCAGAGCAAUGCUGGAGCAUGGCAGCUUGUGUACAGAGCAGAGGUCAUCAAGAACAACUUAAAUCCAUGCUGGUGGAAGUUCCGUGUUCCCUUGCAAACUUUCUGUGGUGGAGAUUUUAAUAAACCUAUCAAGGUGCAGUGUGCAGAUCGUGACAGUGAUGGCUCACAUGACUUGAUAGGCACUUUGAAAAUGAUCCUGGCACACACGCAGACAACUGGUGCUGGCCCUCUGGUGGAAUACGAAUGCAUUCAUCCUGAGGAAAAAAAACAAAAUAAAAACAACUACAAAAUCUUUGGCAUUACUAGGAUAAAAUCCUGCAAGAUUGAGACAGAAUAUUCAUUUCUGGACUAUGUGAUGGGAGACUGCCAGAUCAGCUUUAUAGUUGGUGUAGACUUCUCUGCCUCCAGUGGAGAUCCCAAGUCACCAGAUUCUUUUCACUACAUCAGCCCAGAUGGGAUAAAUGAGUACCUGAUGAGUACCAUCUGGAGUGUGGGAAGUGUAAUCCAGAAUUAUGACACCAACAGACUGUUUCCUGCAUUUGGGUUUGGAACUCAGGUUCCUCCUAGCUGGCAGGUAUCUCAUGAGUUUGCUUUGAACUUCAACCCCAGCAACCCUUACUGCCAAGGGAUCCAAGGAAUAGUGGAUGCCUACCGCCAGAUUCCGCAGAUCCGACUCUACAGGCCAACCAACUUCUCUCCUAUUAAAAACCAUGUGGCAAGGUUUGCAGCACACUUGCUGCAACAAGGAACUGCUGCACAAUAUUUUAUCUUGCUGAUCAUCACAGAUGGAGAGAUCACUGAUCUAGAACAAACUAGGCAAGCCAUUGUUAAUGCCUCUAAGCUGCCCAUGCACAUUAUCAGUGUUGGUGUUUGUGAAGCCAGUUUUAAAGCAAUGGAAUUCCUUGAUGGAGACAGCGAUGUUCUGAAAUAUGUGACAGGAGAGCCAGCUGCAUGGGAUGUUGUCCAGUUUGUGCCUUUUCAACAGUUCAAAAAUGCUCCCCAAGAAGCACUUUCCCAGAUGGUUCUGGCUGAAGUACCCAAGCAGCUAGUGUCAUACUAUGAAUGGCAGGUGUGGCCCCCCCUGAAACUGCCAGAAAUCGAGGUGAUGUAGAUUCAGGCUAGCCCUGUAUCACUGGGGUGAAGGAGAGCUGCCUGCAGCCACACUCUCCCUUGCACACUGUGGAUGCUCAGUGCCUUGAGAUUGCACCAGUCACACCACUUCUUUCACCUGCUUGUGCUGAGUCUUUGAUCUUUCAAAGAUUUGUAUUGGAAGAAAUGUAAAUAAAAAAAACCUCCAAGUGCUGGAAGUUUUUGUCACAGAAAGGUUGACCUUGUUGGUUUUCUACCUUACAACAGCAACACUUUGUGACACAUCACACGCACAUAGUUGCUUGACACAGCCCAUCUGCUGCUCUCUAUCAGGGUGGGCCUCUGAACUGAGCUGCUCUAGUCUGAGCCUGGUGAUAGAAGUGUUGCACCUGUGUUUGCUGUAAUGACACUUACCAUGUGCUCAUUGUUAGGUGACUUUUAUCAAGCUGCAUUUGAAAUGGAUGUGACCAAAGACUGUUGGUUGGAUGCCUGAGGUAGUUCCUGUUAUCCUCAUAAAGUGCCAGUAUAUUUUUUUUAUGUUUCAGUGACCAUACCUUUCUGUGCUCUUUUUAAUCACAUUUUUAUAUUAGCAAAAUUUAUUUCUGUGAUGAACUCUUGCUUGAAGCCAUUGUUGUAGUUCAAGAACACUGAACUUUGCUUAUUUAUGGGGGUUAAAUGAGAAUUAGUCAUUAAUUAAUGGAACGGGGUGAGAUUAAUGAGUCACAUUAAUGUGACUUUAAAAAUCCUGCAGUUGGAAACACUGAAAUGAAGAUGCUUUGAGUGAAUUCUUUAUAUCACACAAGUUACAAAAUGAAGAAGUAACUUAUCUGUGGAACUCCAAGGAGGUGCCACCUCAGUAGUGUGAAGUGUGCAUUACGUGAUCUGGGGACUGUGGAACAGGCACAUGGUAGCAAAGCACAAAUGUUUUGAGGAAGAUGGUUAAUUUCCAAUUAGAAAUAAAGAAACUUGGGCUUGUCAUUGCACUACAAGUAUCAACACUUUCAGUUACAUAAAUAAAUAUUCUACUUUGACUUAGAUAA